GGAAUCAAUGGAAUCAGCGGUAAACAUACUCCUCCUUGUCAGCAAAGCUCCUUCUCCUCCUCCUCCUCCUCCUCCUCCUCCUCCUCCUCCUUCCUGCCGUCGCCGACGACUGCCCCACCUGUACUCUCCCCUGCGUCCUCCUCCUCGGCUCUGCUACACGCCUUCCUUGCUUCCUCCCUCCAGGCAGGCCAGCUCCUUCCUCCUCACGCUAGCUCGGUGUCUUCCUUUUCCCUUUUCCAGCGCGCGCCGGCCGGCCGGCCGGCCAAAUUCCAAUCCCAUCCACCAUCUUGUUCUUGUCUUCUCCGACAAUUAACCAUCAAUCCCAAAACGUCAUAUUCAUCUUGUCGAGGCCAUAAAGUCACAACAAACACGUCGUCCAUGCAUCCACCACCGCAUCCAUCCAUGAAGCCCGGCGGCGAGGAGGAGGAGGAUGUGCAGGUGCUGGUGGUGCGGUCCCACCACCACUCGGACCAGAGCAGCACGAGGAGCCACCACCACCAGCAGGUCGUCAUCAGGGCGCGGCCCUACUACCGGCGGUGGUCGCCGUGGCUCGUCUCCGGCGCCACCGUGGCCUGCGUCGCCAUCUUCCUCGUCACCAUGUACGUGAACGACUGCCCGACGCACAACUCCAACUGCGCCGCCGCAGGGUUCCUCGGCCGCUUCGCCUUCCAGCCGCUCCGCGAGAACCCGCUCCUCGGACCCUCCUCCGCCACGUUAGUGAAGAUGGGGGCUCUCGAUGUGGCUAAGGUCGUCCAUGGCCGGCAAGGAUGGCGUCUGAUCACCUGCAUGUGGCUCCACGCCGGAGUUGUUCACCUGCUCAUCAACAUGCUGUGCCUCCUAGUCGUGGGCAUACGCCUGGAGCAAGAAUUUGGGUUCGUGAGGAUCGGUCUGGUGUACCUCAUCUCUGGUUUUGGCGGGAGCCUCAUGUCUGCUCUCUUCAUACAGUCCAGCAGCGUCUCCGUGGGGGCCUCCGGCGCUCUCUUCGGCCUCAUCGGAUCCAUGCUCUCUGAGCUCAUCACCAACUGGUCACUCUACGCAAACAAGGUGGCGGCGCUGCUAACUCUGCUUCUGGUGAUCCUCUCCAACCUGGCGCUGGGCCUCCUCCCCCGGGUGGACAACUUCGCCCACAUCGGCGGCCUCGUCUCCGGCUUCCUCCUCGGCUUCGUCGUCUUCGUCCGCCCGCACUUGGACUGGCUCACCCAGCAGCAGAGAAGCGGCGGCGGCGGGCAAGGGCAACAGCAAGCUCCUCCGCCGGUGGCAGCGGCGAGGAAACGCAAGCACAGGACGUACCAGUAUGUGCUGUGGCUGGCCGCCGCCGCGCUGCUCGUGGCCGGGCUCACGGCGGCCACCGUGCUGCUUUUCCGCGGGUACGACGCCAACCAGCACUGCCCGUGGUGCCACUACCUCAGCUGCGUGCCCACCAGGAGGUGGAGGUGCGACGGGUCGCCGACCACGUGCACGGCCACGACGCAGGAGAACAACACGCUCAGCGUCGUCUGCGAGGGCGGCAGCAACCGCACGUACGUCGUGGCGGCGGCGUCGCAGGACAGGAUCAAGGACCUCUGCAAUCAGCUCUGCACCUAGCACUGCAUAUUCUUCGUGUACAUCGAUCCAUUUUUACUCACCGUCAGAGUGAGGUCCUAGCUUUACAGCAAGAGAAAGAAUUUGUUCGAUUUACAGGCAAAUAUGAUAUUUUUGAAAUGCAGCAAACAACCAAAGAUUUACCAUUUA